CAGUAGUCGUCGUAUCGACAAUAUUUGCCAUGAAGCUAAAGCUCUUUCUGGCGUUGAUCCUUGCCCAAAUAACUAAUAUUAUUACCUCGGAAAAUGAUUUGAACGAGAACGAAAUGUGGAUUGAACAAAAAUUGGAUCAUUUUAAUGAUAGCGAUACGCGCACCUGGAAUAUGCGUUAUUUGUCAAUUAGUUCGUUCUUUAAGCCAGGAGGCCCGAUAAUCAUCAACGUGAAUGCAGAGUGGAGUAUUGCGGUUAACAGUCCACUUUGUGGACAUUAUUAUGAACUUAUUGAAAUGUUUAAUGCAUACGCAUUUCAAACCGAGCAUCGAUAUUAUGGCAAAAGCAGACCUGUCGAAAAUUUACGCGCUGAGAACUUGGAAUAUCUGAGCUUGAAACAAGCCUUAGCUGAUCUGGCACAUUUUAUAAGACAUCAGAAGGCUACAAUUCCAGCUAUAGCCAACUCCAAAGUUAUUCUGAUUGGAUGCUCAUAUGCCGGGAGCAUGGUUACCUACUUUCGAAAGGACUAUCCAGAAUUAAUAGAUGGUGGUUGGGCAGCAGGGGCAGCACUUACCUACACGCUCGACUAUGCUGAUGCUAUGGUGAGCGCUGGAAUAUCAUUGCGAAAGAUCGGUGGAGAUAAUUGCUAUGAUUGUGUCGAGUAUUUCAGCAAAACUUAUUUAAAGCAUAAGAAAAGUCAAGAUGCUGUUUACACUGAGCUCAAUGCACAGAAUCUGACUGAACAUUUGGACAACGUCGACGAGAUAAUUGCAACUCAUGUGCAGCAUCGCAAUAUAACUACGAUGCAAAGUAUAUGUAAAAAUAUUACUUCAAUUCAGCACAAUGAUAUUCAUGGAUUCGGUAAGCUAUUAGAGUUGCUUUACUCAAAAAUACCAAAAGUGGGUAGUAAAACUGAUCUAGAUUUUGCGGAAGAACAUGUAUAUCGGCAAUAUUUCUAUCAAACUUGCAGCGAGUUUGGCAACUUUUUUACCACGAGCUCUCAACACCAACCGUUUGGCAAUAAAGCUCCGUUUAGUAGCGUAAUUGCCGAGUGUAAAACGCUUUUUGGGCCAAAAUAUACAAUCGAUUAUAUAAGUAGCAAAGUUGACGAAAUAAAUAACAAAUAUGGAGGCCGAGAGCCACAAGUUGAUCAUAUUUAUUUUACAAAAUCCCAGGACGAUCCCUGGCGCUGGACGGGCAUAAUCGAUGAAUGUGCGACUAUAAUUCCUGGAAUUGGUCACUGUCAUGAGUUGAGAGCCCGUAAGACGAACGAUUCUCCAGAGCUGAUGGCAGCCAGACAAAAGGGCUUCGAUUUGAUAAGGGAGUGGAUAAAUGGGAAUGGCACAUCUAGGGAAACUCUAACCAAGUGUUGAACCAUUCAAUAAACUAUAAAUUUCAUAUCGAUUGCGAAUCGAUCGGCAUACUAA